AUGACGCUGCAACCCUACAUGGAGCCCAAUGAGACCGAGGUCUCGCACCCACAGAAGCGCAUACGUUGGGCAACACAUCGCGCAACUGGCAUCAAGGCGGAAAACAAGCGGCACUCGCUCAAAGAGCGUCUGCACCGGCGCAUAGGCUCGGGCGGCGAAAAGCAGAAUGACCUGGGCAAAGAAAGCGGCGUGCAGGGCGACCCAUCCCCAGAGGGUUCAGACGCAGGCGUUGAAGAGCAGGACGGUGGCCGGAGAGUCUACUUCAACGUGCCUUUGCCGCAGAAAGAGCGCGACCCAGAAGGCCACCCACUCGCACACUACGCCCGCAACAAGAUAAGAACGGCCAAAUACACGCCCCUUAGUUUCAUACCGAAGAACCUAUGGUUUCAGUUUCACAAUAUCGCCAACGUCUACUUCUUGUUUAUCAUUAUUCUGGGCAUCUUCUCCAUUUUCGGUGCCUCUAAUCCAGCACUCAAUGCAGUGCCCCUCAUUGUCAUUCUCGUGGUAACGGCCAUCAAAGACGCCGUGGAAGACUGGCGGAGAACGGUCCUCGACGUUGAGCUAAACAAUGCCCCAGUGCACAGGCUUGUCGACUUUAACAACGUAAACACUGCCGAAGACACCGUAUCACUAUGGCGCAAGAUCAAGAAGGCUACCACAAAAGUCAUAGUCACGACAUGGCGGGCAAUCAAGAGCGCAAAGGGCAAGAAAGGUGGCAAGGGCAAAGGGGGGAAUGGCCAGGAUCCCGAUGGCUCGCGGCCCUCAUUCGACACGCGCCGAGCCUCGGUGGCAUCCCAAGGAGGCUCGUACCUGGGAAACGAGAACGAUAUCCAAAUGACUCCUGUUCCUUCUCCGCUACCGGGCACAUCCCCGGCUCAAUCCCCACGCCUACCAUUGGGUCCCGGAGAGGGCGACAAGGUUCGAGGAGGCGACCAUAAGCAGGAACCCGUGAAACAGAAGUUCUGGGGAAGCGUGUUGAACCCCCACAGCUCGGCACCGGAAAAGGCCCGUUUCAAAAAGGACGCAUGGAAGAACGUUCAGGUCGGCGAUUUCGUGCGAUUGUACAAUGACGAGGAGAUCCCCGCCGACGUCAUUGUUCUCUCUACGUCUUCCGACGAUGGCGCCUGCUACGUGGAAACGAAGAAUCUCGAUGGCGAAACGAACCUCAAGGUGCGCAACGCAUUGCAUUGUACCCGAGACGUGCGCCAUGCCCGACAUUGCGAACGGGCUGAAUUCGUCAUUGAAAGCGAAGGCGCCCACUCGAAUCUGUACUCGUAUAGCGCAGCCAUCAGAUGGCAGCAGCACAACCCCAAGGAUCCCACAGCGGAGCCCUACGAAAUGGUCGAGCCCAUCUCCAUCAACAACUUGAUUCUUCGAGGCUGUCAGUUGCGAAACACCGAAUGGAUCCUCGGCGUAGUUGUAUUUACCGGAGACGAGACCAAAAUUAUGAUCAAUUCCGGCAUCACUCCCAGCAAGCGCGCCAGAAUUUCAAAGGAACUGAACUGGAACGUCGUCUACAACUUCUUUAUCCUGGCCGCCAUGUGUCUGGUCUCUGGAAUUGUGCUGGGAAUUACUUGGGCCCGAGACGAUACAUCGCAUUCCAUUUUCGAGUAUGGAUCAUAUGGUGGUGCACCUGCUACCGACGGUGUCAUUGCUUUCUGGGCUGGUGUUAUUCUCUUCCAGAAUUUGGUUCCCAUUUCGCUCUACAUCACCCUGGAAAUCAUCCGUACGCUGCAAGCCCUGUUCAUCUAUAGCGACAUUCACAUGUACUACGCCAAGCUCGAUUAUCCUUGUACGCCCAAGUCUUGGAACAUUUCCGACGAUGUCGGCCAGAUUGAAUACAUCUUCUCGGACAAGACGGGAACACUCACUCAGAACGUCAUGGAGUUCAAGAAGGCGACUAUCAACGGCGUUCCAUACGGUGAAGCGUACACAGAAGCUCAAGCCGGUAUGCAGCGAAGACUCGGUGUCAACGUAGAGGUUGAAGGUGCCAAAGCGCGGGAGCAAAUCGCACGCGACCGCGUGCGAAUGCUCGAAGGGAUCCGGAAGAUGCACAACAAUCCUUACCUUUGGGACGAUGAUCUGACAUUUGUGGCUCCGGACUAUGUCGAUGACUUGCGUGGAGAUUCCGGAAUGGAGCAGAAAAAGGCCAAUGAGGACUUCAUGGUCGCUCUCGCCCUCUGCCACACCGUCGUCACCGAACGGACCCCUGGUGACCCUCCGAAGAUCGAGUUCAAGGCCCAAUCGCCUGAUGAGGCUGCGCUGGUCGCUACUGCUCGUGACGUCGGUUUCACAUUUGUGGGCCGUGAAGAUGACCAUCUUAUCGUCAACGUCUUGGGACAGGAACGUAGAUACCAGGUGCUCAACACUCUCGAGUUCAACUCUAGCAGAAAGCGCAUGAGCGCCAUCAUCAGGAUGCCCGACAACCGCAUUGUUCUGUACUGCAAGGGUGCCGACAAAGAGUACCAAGAAUGGAGCCGGGACUACGAUAUCGCCGCCAACGCUAUUCAGGGACGUGAAGACAAAUUGGAAGAAGUAUCUGACCGUAUCGAAAAUCACCUGUGGCUGAUUGGAGGAACGGCCAUUGAAGACAGACUCCAGGAUGGUGUACCGGAAUCCAUUUCACUCCUUGCCCAGGCAGGUAUCAAGCUAUGGGUUCUGACUGGCGACAAAGUCGAGACUGCCAUCAACAUCGGUUUCUCUUGCAACCUGCUCGACAACGACAUGGAUCUCAUCAUUCUCAAGGUGACUGACGACAAUAUCGCAUCCGUAGAAGCCCAGAUCGACGACAAGCUGCAAAUUUUCGGUCUGACCGGCUCCGAAGAAGAGUUGGCCGCUGCUCAACAUGACCACGAACCACCUCCACCGACACACGCUAUCAUCAUCGACGGAGAUACUCUUAAGUUGGCCUUGGAUGAUUCAGUGAGAAGGAAGUUCCUCUUGCUCUGCAGACGAUGCCGUUCCGUUCUUUGCUGCAGAGUCAGUCCCAGCCAGAAGGCAGCCGUCGUCAACAUGGUCAAGACCGGAUUGGACUGCCUUACUCUUGCCAUCGGAGACGGUGCGAAUGAUGUUGCCAUGAUCCAAGAGGCGCACGUUGGUGUCGGUAUCGCUGGUGUCGAGGGCCGGGCCGCCGUCAUGUCGUCAGAUUACGCAAUUGGUCAAUUCCGCUACCUCACUCGUCUCGUGCUUGUGCAUGGCCGAUGGUCCUACCGUAGACUUGCGGAGACCAUUGCCAAUUUCUUCUACAAGAACAUCGUUUGGACGUUUGCCCUCUUCUGGUACCAGAUUUACACCAACUUCGACAGCCAGUAUAUCUUCGACUACACGUACAUUAUCUUCUUCAACUUGGCGUUUACUUCACUCCCUGUUAUUGUCAUGGGUGUUCUUGAUCAAGAUGUCGAUGAUCGAGUGUCGUUGGCUGUACCGCAGCUGUACCGCCGUGGUAUCGAACGAAAGGAGUGGACGCAGCCAAAGUUCUGGGCCUACAUGAUUGAUGGUAUCUACCAAUCCGCUGUCGCCUUUUUCUUCCUUUACGAAAUCAUGGCGCCGGCGACCUUUGUUACCUCUAACGGACUGGACAUUUCGGAAUACCGACGCAUGGGCAUCUACGCUGCUACUACCGCCGUAUGUGCUGCCAACAUCUACGUCCUGUACAACACAUACCGAUGGGAUUGGCUGAUGGUUACUAUCGUCAUCGUCAGUACCAUCUUCGUCUGGAUGUGGACCGGCAUUUUCACGUCUUUCACCACUUCUGCCCAAUUCUACAAAUCCGGUGCCGAGGUUUACGUCGUAACAGCUUCCAAGGUCAUCGCACUAGCUACCAAGGGGGGCCUCCAAACACACAGCCAGCAGUCAUGA